AUGUUUAUAUUAAGCAAAAAGUUGUUCUUAUCUUUUGAAAUCCCUUUUAGUAAAAUUCGAAAAAUUACAGCACGUUCAUCAGGGCCAGGAGGACAAAGUGUUAAUAAGGCAGAAACAAAAGUUCAACUCCGAUUUAAUGUAGAUGAGGCUAAUUGGAUUCCUCCUAAUGUUAAAGAGAAUUUAAAAAAAAUUUAUAAAAAUAAAUUGAACAAAUUUAAUGAUCUAAUUAUUGAGUGUGAAGAAACCUCUUCACAAAUAUCGAAUUAUAAAAUAUGUGCAGAAAAAUUAAAAUCUAUUCUUGAUGAAGCAGAAAAUUACAAAGAAAGAGUUAAAAAUACUUCAGUUAAAGAUUAUAUUCACUUAAUUAAAUCAAGCGAGCAAAUAAAAAAAUAUAAAGAUAAUUUAAUUGAUCAAAAAAAAAAAAGAAAAGAAAGGAAAUUUAAUAAAAAGGAUUACUAUUAA